AUGAACUCGGCCUCUGUCACCAGCUGGUUCUGCACUGCUCCGACACCAGCUUAUGCUGAGAUCCUCAAUCUCGAGGUCGUUUGCUCGACCAGUCUCAGAAAGACCGUUGUCGAUGACAAGGAGGUCCUGCCAGCAAUUUCCGAAUCCAACGAACCUCCCAGCCAGAAUCACCCCGCGUCAACAUCUAGCCCUCCAUUAGAAUCUACUCCAAGAAUAGGGUCUACUGACAAAUCCCAGUUACUGUCUCAUGCAGAACUAGAGACGGUCAAGCAACGGAUACGGGAAUGGACGGAACAAACUGCCAUCGCUGUCCGCACUCGAGCGGAUGGGUUCACAGCUAAUGCCAAAACCCAUUUCUCCCAGCUGGGGCAACACCUGAACAGGGCAACUGGCUACGAAGAAAUAGAAGCCCUCAAACGCGAGGUCGUGGUGCAAGAGAACCGAAUCAACGAAGCCCGUCUUGCUGCGCGCAAAGCCAAAACAGCGUACGAAGAAGCGGUACUGCAGCGUUCAAAGUCCCAGAGAGAAGUCAACGAUCUUCUCCAGCGCAAGUCGAUGUGGACGGACCACGACGUCAGUCGGUUUACGACGCUUGUCCGGGAAGACCAUUUGUACGAGCAGGAAGAGGCGCGAGCAAAAGCGGCGGUUAACUCGACGGAAGACGCGGUCGAGAAGGAGUUUAGCCAGCUCAUGCGGCUGAUUCUGGCUCGAUACCACGAAGAGCAAGUCUGGUCGGACAAAAUCCGGAGCGCGUCGACCUAUGGACAGCUGGCGGCCCUAGGACUCAACUUGAUCGUCUUCAUCUUGGCCAUUAUCUUGGUCGAACCGUGGAAGAGGAAACGUCUAGCCCAGACGUUUGAGCGAAAGGUGGAGGAACUGAGCGAAGACUAUCUGACGAAGCUGGAGGAGAGCACGUCGAGGAUCCGGAGUUCCCUGGAGGGACAAGAGGCCUUGAUCCUAUCUCUAGCACAGCAGUUGGCAGCCUCUGUUGCUACCGCCGAACCCACCCCAGUCGAAGCAGCGGAACCACCCCCUCCAUACACUCCCUCCGACAACGACGAACCCCAGCCCUCACCACUUCCUCAACAAUUGAAACCACCAUUCGACUCCCUUAGUCAGAGGACAUGGGAACUCGUUGCCGUUGGUACGAGUGCCUUCGUUGUCGGUGUCGUUGGUAGCAUACUAUUUGGUCGAUAAUCUACAAUCUAAUGUUUACAGGCUUUAAA